UAAUAACAUACGUAUAAUUUUUUCUCUGUGACUCUACGUAGAAAUAUUUUGGUAUCAUAUUACAUCUCAUUCUUAUCUAGAGAUCGAUCGAUUGAUUGAAAUGAAGAAAUAUCCGAUAGGAUCAGAGCAUUAUGUGUUGUAUGAGGAGAUAGGACAAGGUGUUAGUGCAUCCGUUUAUCGAGCUAAGUGUCUUACUAAUGAUGAGAUUGUCGCUAUCAAAGUUCUCGAUUUUGAACGCGGAAAUUGUGAUUUGAACAAUGUAUCACGUGAGGCUCAGACGAUGAUCCUGGUUGACCAUCCAAAUGUUCUUAAAUCGCACUGUUCUUUUGUACAUGACCAUAGCCUGUGGGUUGUUAUGCCUUUUAUGGCUGGUGGUUCUUGCCUCCAUAUAUUAAAGGCUUCCCAUCCUGAAGGUUUUGAAGAAGCUAUUAUUGCAACUAUCCUACGAGAAGUAUUAAAGGCAUUAGAGUAUCUUCAUCAUCAUGGACAUAUUCAUCGAGAUGUCAAAGCCGGAAAUAUUCUCAUUAGUGACCACGGUGCCAUCAAGCUGGGUGAUUUUGGUGUAUCUGCUUGCUUAUUUGAUUCUGGUGACAGACAACGAGUGAGGAAUACAUUUGUUGGGACACCAUGCUGGAUGGCGCCUGAGGUUAUGGAGCAACUGCAUGGAUAUGACUUCAAAGCUGAUAUAUGGUCGUUCGGUAUAACGGCUCUGGAGCUUGCUCAUGGUCAUGCUCCUUUCUCAAAAUACCCCCCAAUGAAGGUUUUGCUAAUGACAUUGCAAAAUGCACCUCCCGGUCUCGAUUAUGAGAGGGACAAGAAGUUCUCCAAGUCUUUUAAGCAGAUGACUGCAAGUUGCCUGGUUAAAGAUCCUUCAAAACGUCCUUCUGCAAAGAAGCUUUUAAAGCAUCAUUUUUUCAAACAAGCAAGAUCGAACGACUAUAUAUCACGUAAGCUUCUGGAAGGCCUUCCAACAAUUGGUGAUCGGAUUCAGACAUUGAAGAGAAAGGAGGAAGAUAUGCUUGCUCAAAAGAAAAUUCCCGAUGGUCAGAAGGAGGAAAUCUCACAGAAUGAAUAUAAAAGAGGGAUUAGUGGAUGGAACUUCGACCUUGAAGACGUGAAGGCACAGGCUGCCUUGAUCCAGGAUGAAGACUGUGUACCUGAAAAAUAUCAGUUAGGGAGCAUGAAUUCAUUUUCCGGGACAGGUCUUAGUGAAAGGAAGCUACAACAUCAGUUGUCAUCUUUGAGUGAGGCCUCAGAAACUGCUGAAACUGAAGGAUCUCAUCCACCUGGCUUAUCGAAUAUGGGUUUCUCCUUAGGAAAAGGCGAGAAAUCUGAAGAUGAGUUAAGCAUCGCUAGUUCUACCAAUGGAUACUUGGUUUCACAGAAUUCUUCUCCCCGUGCUGAUCAUUUCAGUGAGUUUAGCAGUAAACAGAUUGAUGGCAUUCAUUCUCAUUUUCACCACAGAGCAGCUUCUAUUGGAUGUAUUCCUUCAUUGGAUAGUGAGAAGUUGCACGGACAAUUUUCUCAAGUCCCAAGCUGCAACGGAACCAGAUCACUCCACAUAGAUGAUCUUGUGCCUGAUUCCAUGUCUAAAACAUCUAUAGGAAGUGGUGAUGAACAUCCAGUAGUUCAACAAAAAGGACGUUUCAAGGUUACCUCUGAGAGUCUUGACUUAGACAAGGCAGCUACACCUCCCCUGCUGCAGAAGAGUCACAGUAUGCAGGUAAUAUGCCAAAGUUCCGCAGGUGUUACUUCCAUGCCGCAAAACCAAUAUAGCAAUCUUCCUAUGCCUGCUCUACAGUUCAUUUUGCAGACAAAUACUCUUCAACGGGAUUGUAUUUUGAGUUUAAUGAAGGCAAACCCCACCAGUGAUUCUACAGCUCACUUUAAUAUAGAUGGAGGGUGCACAUCAACAAACAUUUCUGCACAAGAUAAAUCCAUGAUUGAUACAUGCAGCAACAGGGAAAAGGAGUUACUUAAUGAAAUAAUUUAUUUACAGUGGAGGCUCACAUGUGCACAAGAGGAACUCCAGAAAUGCCGAACUGAAAAUUCACAGGUAUGACGUUUGUUAUACCUUCAGGUAACCCCCGCGGCAUCAGAAACAGAGAAGUUCUUUUCCCUAAAAUUGCCACCCGAGUAAAAGAUCAAGUUAUUCAGGUGUUGAUAUAUAGUAUUUUCCUGUUUAGAGAUGAGGCAUACUUGUAGGUAGGGGGUGAGAACUAAUGUUCCCCCUUCCACUCCUUUAUUUUUAGGUGUUCUUUCUUUUGAUUUCACUUCUUAACUUAUGACUAGUUAAACAUAAUUUUACACAGCUUAACUAAUUUGUCCAUACAUUAUUGCAAUCACGAGUCUACAAUUGUACA